AGCCCUACCGCCCCGUGGGGAGUAGUUGGAGAGACCGAGGCUCCCCGUUCACCACUUGGAGGUCUUAGGCGGACCCGGCCCCAGGGCACAAGGGAUCCCAAGAAGCAGCAGCUCCCCCCUCAAAAGGGGGACCGGCCAGACCGGGAGCUGAUGAAUGUGCCCUACCAGGCCUUGCCUGCCACACAGCCCAGAUCCCGGGGGGCUGUGAUGGCCAACAAAGACUACUGUGAGGGGAACCCAUCUUAACUUCUCCAGGCCAGGGAAGGGAGAGACCUGGGCGGGGCGGUGGCCACCCAGUGGCUCGCCUCCCUCCACCUCUGGCCCAGGACACUCCUCCGCGGGGAAUGCUGCCAGCUGCCAGGAAUGCUGGGGGCGUCAGGGGCGGCCUGCUCAGCCUGAUACUCACUCUCCUGGCAGAUGGGGUUGCUGAGGACUUGGCGCUCGGCUGCGUAGUACCUGGAGUCAGCAGCACCUACAGACGGAUCCCGGACGCUGCUCAGGGGUGCUCGCUGGCCUCCUGGAAGGCGGAUGGGCAGUUGAGAGGUCCCAGGAGGCAGGAGCCGCUUCUCAAACUGGCCUCCCGGGACUCAGGAGUGGAGAUGGUGGUUGGAGACAGCCCCCUGACCGCCUCACCGGGCCUUUCUCAGGACUCUCUGGACUUUGAGCCCACAGGGAGCCCUGAGCCCCGGGCCCUCGCUUCCAUGGAGCCUCCCGCCCACCUAGGCCGGCUUGUGGCCAGCCACAAGCUGGAGCAGGUGCUGGAGCGGUCCCGCCAACUCCCGGCUUCCCCUGCCGGCGCGCCGCCCCACCACCGUUCCCUGAAGCCACCAAGCAAGCCUCAAUAUGAUGUGCCCCUUUUUGGAGCAGGGGAACAGGAGGCCACUGAGGCAGAAACGGACCUAGAGGCAGGCCUGGAAGAAGCAGAGGUGGUCAGGGGCCUGGGGCCUGAAGCCUGGGCCUGUCUCCCAGGGCAGGGUCUCCGCUACCUGGAACACCUGUGCCUCGUGCUGGAGCAGAUGGCAAGGCUUCAGCAGCUCUACCUGCAGCUGCAGACCCAGAGGCCCCCAAGGGAUCCUGAAGCGGAGGAGGCAGAGGAAGAGGAGGAGGUGGGGGAGCCAAUCCUGGCACCUUCACCUCCACCUUCUCGUGCCCCAGGCAGUGAGGCACGCAAACUGCUGAGCCAGGCACAGGAGACAGGGGCAAAAACAGCAGUAGCCCUAAAGGUAGGGCUGCCAAGUGCCAACCCUGACAGGCUGUCAGAGGCCACCGCAGAGCCAGCCCACAUCUUCCCACCCUCCCAGGGACACAAGCUGGAUCUCUCCCACUGGAACAAGGUCAAAGUCCUGCUCAACCGGAUCCGUUGGAGGAGCCCGAAGCACCCUGAGUCCCCUGCCCCUUCUGAUGGGCGUGCCCCUAGGAUUGAGUCAAGGGGGGUCCCCGAAAGAACUUCAUGCCAGCCACUCCGGAAGACCUUUAUGCCAUCAUUUGUGGUUAAGAAGCAGCGAACGAAAAACCUCUCUGUAUGCUGAGACCUCCUGGUGCGGGGACGUGACCCUGGGUGGAGGGGUGUGCAGUGAAGUCUUCUUCCUCGCCCUUUGCCCUCUGCUGCUUCUGGGCACUGCCAGGAAAAGCUGCUGAUACUCACUCUUCUCUCUGAGGAGAGAGCUGGAUCUUUCUCCUCUGGGCAGCCUGGCAGAGGAGCCCUGGUUCCCUGAGAGGCCCCCCAGGUGUGGCAGCCCCCGGGCUCCUUACUGGUUGCCAGAAAUCCCUGGUCCUAGACAAUGUGAACUAACUUAUUUAUCCGGAGUCCUUGGAGCAGGUUUGGCACGAUGUCCUACUGGGGCAUGGCGUGUCACAGAGGUGGAUCUAUGCAAAAUGAUACGUGUAUCUCUGUGAGUGUGUCACUGUUGCAAACUGGCUGGAUCCAUCCCUGUCUUCUGAAUCAUGCGCUCAGGGGGUUGGUCCUCUGGGUGACGUAACUGGUGAGGUAACUGCGGAAGGAUGGAACCGGCCUUCAUUCCUCAGUGGGCUGAUCUGGAGUCUUGCUUCCUCCUCAUACCUUCGUGGGUAGCCCCAGGACGGGGCAGGAGGGUCCCACCUUGGGUGCCUCUGCAGAGAGCUUGCCUGGGACAACGUGGAGAAGAGCAGAGUAGUAACCUUCAAGAUCUGUCCUCCGCCGCUUUGGUCCCUUUACACAUCAGAGCCAAAACCAGAGACUCCUACGAGCUUUAUGACCUUGACAAAAAUCCCUUAACUUUUCUGAGCCAUGGCUUCCUACUUAACCUCCCAGAUGGUUUCAUGAUACCUGCCCCACCUACCUCACAGUCUUGUUAUGAAGAUAAAAUGAGAUUAAACUGUCUCAUCCAA